AUGUCUCCUAUCUUAACUGAUCUUUUGGAAGAACAUGACAGCGGUCGUUUCCAAACAUAUUGGAUCGAAAAAGAAUCUAAAGCAGUGCAAACUAGAAAAAGACGUAAAAUCCAUGCAGAAUAUGUUAAAUUUGGGAACGAGUCUACUAAAUUAGACGUUGUCAUAGAGUUACGCAAUUACGGUAUUGAAUUGGUAACUGCAGAAGUUGGCAUCACUCAAAAAGACCAUGAUGAUUUGAAGUUUCGUGAGGAUCAUACAGCAUUAAAAAUAGAAUUGAAGGACAUGAUAGAUAACUUCUAUGAUGUGCUUCAUUUUAAAAAGAAAGAUUUAGCCGAAAUCUUUGUCAUGGGAAUUCAAGCAACUGGUCAAAAGUGGACAAUAUAUUGUCUAUCAUAUAAUUAUGAUGUCAAUUUUUAUUUUUUAUCAGAAGUUGCUACGUUAAUUGUUCCAAAGACCAUGUCGGCAGUGGAAAGUUUAUUGGGACCAUUCAUUAAAAAUCUCCUUGGGUUUAGACACACAUUAUUGAUGCUUAACACAAAAAUUACAAGAAUGGCAAUAGCUCGCCAAUCUACACCCUCUCCACCUUCGUCACCUCCACAUCAAACCUCUGAAACCCCAAAGAUUGACCGAGUGAAAAAUGAUAUUUUUACAAUCUUUGAUGAUAUCUAUCAAGAUUAA